CAUCAUUUGAUCAUUAUCACAAAUGCACAGCUCAGUUUAUUGCAGUCGCGGUGUCUGUUUAUACCAGACCUCUGCUCAGUGACUGACCAGGUCUCUCUACCCCCCCACAGCUCACCUUCCAGCGCAGAGACGACAGAGAGGAGCAGCAAACACACGGAGAAGCCCAUGGUGGCCAGGGUUGGUCCAGAGACAGCCGAGAGAGUGACGGCGCAGCUGGAGACGGAACGUUGGGAUUCAAAAAUGGCACCGUCGCUGCUCUGCUGCACAACGAGCCCAGCUCGUCUGACUGUGAGUCCCAGCAGCUCUCAGCUGUUUGAAGGAGACUCAGUGUCUCUGAGCUGUGAGGAGGACGACAGCUCUGCUGGAUGGACGCUGAGGAGGAACACGACCAGAGACACCAGGACUCAGUGUGAAGACUGGGGAGAACCAGCUGGUUCUUCCUGUAACCUCUGUGUCCUCCUGAUGGACAGUGGUGUUUACUGGUGCCAGUCCACACAGGGAGCGACCAGUAACAGCAUCAACAUCACUGUCACUGGUGGAGCAGUGAUCCUGCAGAGUCCUGUCCUCCCUGUGAUGGAGGGACAUGAUGUCACUGUGCGCUGUGAAGCACGGAGCCCUCCCUCCAGCCUCCCAGCUGCUUUCUAUAAAGAUGGCUCCCUGAUCGGGGCGGAGCCUACAGGUCACAUGACCAUCCGCCGUGUUUCCAAGGCUGAUGAAGGCCUCUACACCUGUAACAUCAGUGGUCAUGGAGCGUCUCCACCCAGCUGGCUCUCUGUCACAGGGAGGCCCACCACCACACCUCCUCCAUCACCCCCCACUACCGGCUCCUUCCUGUUCCCCCCUCGUCUUCUCCCACUGUUGGUGUCUGCUCCAGCCAUCUGUGUUCUGGUGCUACUGGUUCUACUGGUGCUGCUGGUGGCCCGACGUGUCUGCAGGAAGCCUGAAGAGAGCGAUCCAGCUCCAGUCUACUCCACUGUGAGAAGAGGAGCCAGGUCGACAGAGAGUGAUGCGGUGGCUCUGUACUCGGCAGUGAAACGACAGGACGACGUCAGUUAUGGACACAUAGACACCAGAUCAAACAGCAGCAGAGAGCCUCCAGCAGAGCCCGCCGUCAUCUACUCUUCACUGAGGUCCAGCUUCACACCAGUCCACCCAGUGAGGUCCAGCUGCUGCUCUACUGGUCACUAACUGGUCUCUCCACAGCCCCGCCCCCCGUGCAUACGCCUUAUUUAUUCCAUCAUGUGUGUCCAGGGUCCACAGCUACACUCAGACAAACUGCUUCAGUCACUAGUGUCUUGUUGCUGUUGGUCUGAAUGUGGAGCUACAGCUACUAGUCUGUGAUCAGUUAGCGCCGGUUCCAUGGUCAGGUAUUAGUUCCCAAACAUCUGUUUUCCAGAUGUGGUGGCCUGAUACCUCUCUCUGAGACUGUAAACUGAA